AAAAUGGAGUCAGAUUAGGGGUAUUUUUCUGUACUUAAUUCAGUAAAAAAAUUAAACUGGGUCUACCUUCUCUCCAAACAAGCCCAGAUCUGUGCGCACAAUAUUCUCCUUCGUAUAUAUCACCAUUGGGAAAUUCAAAUUUAGAAGCACCUCUACAAAAAUCUGGAUCCAAAUAACUCAAAUCAAUCUUUUCCUGGAUUCCACUUAUAUCGGUCAUUUUUCUAUUUGAUUUUGGCCUUGUCAGUUUUUUUCAAAAUUGACGCGUCCGUGUUAGAGAAAAUGUCAAAGCGCCCACCCAAAAGUAGGUCUUCGAAAUUCAACAGGAACUUCUGGAAUUUAUUUUGUUGUUUGAAGUUAAAGAGCGAAGCAGAUGAAGCUUGCCAGGUCGACGAGUGCUCCUUAACCAGCUUGAACGAAGAGAACAGCAAUGAAGAAUUAAACAGAAUUCAGGUGGAGCUAACAGCCAAACCACAACUCAACAUCAACAUUUUACACCAAAAUUCCGAGCUACCUCUGGCAGAAGAAUUCAAAACUUCUCUUGGCAAAUUAGACUCGCUGAUCGAUACACUCAAUAGUUUAAAAGUUUACAAACCAGAAUCAGAGAAAGAACCUGAACCAGACAUUGUUUUGAAGGAAGAGCAAAGUAAGGAAGGUCUAAAGUUUAAUGUAGCUCUUAACAAUGCUUGCAUCAAAUGUAAAAUACGAAGAGAUAAACAUACAUUGAGUAUAGUAAACAAUAGAGAUUCUCUAUAUCAAACUCAUGGGUUUGCAAAGUGUGACGCAGAACUCAUGGUACAUCAGGAUGAUUUUCCGAAAGACCCUGAAGAAUUUAAAGAGAACAAAGAAGACCUCCUAGGUGGGCAGCUUUUGAGGGCCAAUGGACAGCACAAAACACGAAAUUUCGGGAUGUUUUCAAAAAUAUGCAAACACCUUAGGCUGAUUAAAAAUGGCGUAAUCGCAAGGAAACGAAUCCUGUGCAUUGUAGAGAGGGACGAUAAAUAUAGGUUUUCUUUUAGAUUUGGAGACUUAAGGAGCUGGUUCGCUUCUGAUUGUGAUCUUAAGAAGGAGAAAGUAUUAGUUAAAACUGAAAGUGUCAUGUUCAUGGAAGCUAAGAUUAGAGCGAUUAAUUUUUGCAAGUUUCACCGGCUGUUGAAGGUCACAAAGACGAAAAAGAAAAAAGCGAAAAUAAGUUUGUGAAAUUGUCUGUAACGGAGAAAUAUAAUAUUGUGAAUGG